AUGAUUGCGAGCUUAUCGGGAAUAGUUUUCAUUGCGUAUCUGUGGAUCAUGGUGGCAGGUGGUCAACCCAACAAUUGGAGUGGCUACUAUGUAGACAAUGGCACCCACUAUCUGCUUUAUAAAGAGCCCCAAAUUGGGCCCCAGCCUUUUUUGCCUGGAAAUAUAUCCACUAACCCCGCCAUAAAUGCUUUGGAUGCACAGGACUACCUGCCAACUCGAAUUGUGAACGGCAAGAAGAUCAAGUGCACCAGAGCCCCAUACCAGUGUGCUCUUCACUACAAUAGUUACUUCCUCUGUGGGUGUGUUAUCCUCAAUCGGCGAUGGAUUCUAACUGCCCAGCAUUGCAAAAUUGGCAAUCCUGGAAGCUAUACAGUGCGAGCGGGAUCAACGCAGCAGAGAAGAGGUGGUCAGCUUGUACAGGUUCAGAAAACUGUCUGCCAUCCGAACUACAGUGAAUACACCAUGAAGAAUGACUUGUGCAUGAUGAAGCUGAAGACUCCACUAAAACUCGGUCGGUGUGUCCAGAAGGCGAAGCUGCCCUCCACGAGCACCACGCGAUUUCCCAAAUGUUACCUGGCCAGCGGAUGGGGUCUGACCUCAGCCAACGCCCAGAAUGCCCAGCGAUAUCUGCGGGGUGUUAUCGUCUGCAGGGUGAAUCGAGCCAAGUGCCAGCAGGAUUAUCGGGGCACCGGGAUCAAGAUCUACAAGCAAAUGAUCUGCGCCAAGCGAAAGAACCGAGACACUUGCUCCGGAGACUCCGGAGGUCCACUGGUCCACGAUGGCGUGCUCUACGGAGUAACAUCAUUCGGAAUCGGUUGUGCAAAUGCCAAAUAUCCGGGAGUGUAUGUCAAUGUGUUUCAAUAUACUCGCUGGAUCAAAAAGGUCGCAAAGAAAUAUUAA